AUGGCAGAGACAUGCCUGACAGAAACCAACUCUGCGCUCCGUGUGGUGGAAUUUGGCCUGGCAAUGAUUAAGGCCACUGCGAAGUGGUCACAACGUCUCCGGGCAAAAGGUGAUGACUACAAGGAUGCCAACGUACGAUGUCGCGUUGGUGUGCAUCAUGGAGAAUGUGUUGGGGGCAUUGUGGGCACUGGCAUGAUGCGGUACCACCUCUUUGGUGAGUUCAUGAGUAUCGUGGACAUUCUGGAGGCCACGUCCAAGGAAGGCAUUUGCCAAAUCAGUGACGCCUGCAAGAAGCAGAUUGAACUUGAAGGCGGCGCUUCAAACUCUAUAAAGUUCGAAGAACGCGAAGAUGAACUGAAGACUUCCAAGGGCGAAGUUCACAGCAGAGAUGAAGUUGGUGUCUUGGCGAAAGAGCUCCGAGGAUAUGUAUAUGUAUGGUAUGGUAUGGUAUGGUAUGGUAUGGUAUGGUAUGGUAUGGUAUGGUAUGGUAUGGUAUGGUAUGGUAUGGUAUGGUAUGGUAUGUAUGUAUGUAUGUAUGUAUGUAUGUAUGUAUGUAUGUAUGUAUGUAUGUAUGUAUGUAUGUAUAUAUUCAUUCAUUCAAGGUAG